AUGAUGAAGAGCCAGCAAACAUCUUGUCAGAGCUGCCCCCAACACCAAGUUGCGGUUCACGAAGAAACCGUUGGUGCAGCCUCGUCGCCUCUGGAAAUGUACUUGAAAUCCAUAAUCUCGCCUGAAGCGACGGGCAUUACCUUGGUUCAAGACAACCCCCUGAUCAGUUCCAGCAGAAGAAGAAGAAGAAACAACAAAAAGAUGAAAUCAAGGAGACGGCGUUGUGCGUUCAGUAGUCAAGCAUUGGCAUCACCUUACAUGGAUACUACAGACCUUCUUGACGAUGGCCAACGGUGGGAAGCAGAGCCUCUGGAUUCUUCUUCGGAACACAGCACGGACAGCACGCUUGGUUCUUCAAGAACUAGAAUGUCGGCCAGCAGUAGCAAGCCCAAGCUUCCGAAACGACGUCACAGUCCCAUUUUCAAUGAUACAGAAACUCCUCUUAACUUUUAA